AUGCUGGGCUCGCGUGCCCCUGCCCCCGGGGCGUCGAGCGACGCGGCGAAUGGGGUAGAUCGCGAUGGUGACCUGCAUGAGUCGACGCCACCACCCCCUCUCUCGCUCGAGCCCGACGAGCCCCUGUCGUCUGCUGCAGAUGCUGUGGUUGCCCCCUCGAAUCCGUCGGGGAAUCGUGUCGAUCCGGCCUUUGCGCCAUCAAGCCCCCGCGAAGCCGCACGCGAGUCUCACCAGCCUCUCGCGCCCCGAUCGCCAAAUGGAGCCCCCAGGGAUCAGCUGCUCGCGCAGGCGUCUGCCUCGUGUGCUCGCGCUUUCGCAGUGAUCGGAGGCGAGAUGCAGGAGCCGCUCUCGACAGCUCGGAUGCGCCGACCGCCCGAUCCAGGGUCCCCCGUGUCGACUGCCGCUCUGCAGGAUGUCGUUUGCCGUCCGCACUGGAUUCGGCCGUGCCUUGCCCUCGCUUCGGGCUGGGCGAGUCGCCCGCUCGCUCUGCACGAUGAAUCACGACAUACAGUGCCGGCUGCGCGCGUCGUGCAAGCCUCGUCUGGCGCUCUUUCCAUCUUGGCAGGCGUCGGCUGCGCUGCAUGCAUCUCGCAACUGGACCCUGACUUUGCGCUCGCUCCCUCUGCACAAACACUCCUCCGCCGCUGCCUCUGGUCUAGCCAAGACGGCUUCAGUAUGGAAUCGCCUUCGGUUGCUCCGGGCACGGGCGGCGAGAUGGCUCAAGUCGACUUGGCUGCGGUUGUGCCUCCGCUCCCUCGUCGCAAAUCCAAGUUUGAAACGGGCGAAGCGAGCCCAGCAGCUGACAUCGCCGCCACUUCGGGCCAAAAUCUGCUUUGCUUGCGUGAGCCAGAUGCAACUACAGAUCGACAGCCGGCCUUCCUCCCCCUCCCGUGCGGCGCUGUCAGUGCGCGAAUCCAAGCCAAGAUCUACAGAGAUGCCCCGGUUGCCUCUGUCCGGCAGCCGUCCGCCAAAAGACCCUGGAUCGGCCAGCGCGGUAACCUAUGCGUAAUGGGGACACUGCCCGCUCAGCUUACCGAGACCCAGCUCGAAGAUCACGAGCUGCGUCUGCGCGCUACAGCGUCUGCUUGCUUGUGCAGCCAUGCAGCGAAGGCGGUAGCCGGACAUCCUCCUCUCGUCUGGCGCCUCGCUCCUCACUCCGCCGCCGCCCCGCCCCGCUGGAAUCCGCCCGCUCCUGCUGCUGCUAUUGUGCCGUCGUGUCGUCCGUCGUCCGUGGCUUGGAGCCAGGAAGAUCCGGCUCAGGGUCUAAUGCUGCGCACGGCCCCGUCCUUCUCGACCGACGCUCGUAUUCGCCAUCACGUCCACACCACUGCCGCCUCACACUCUUGGUCCUCAGUCCUCGGGCUCUCAUCCGUCCGUUGUCUGGUCUUGGGCGUCUGUGUCUCUCGCAUUCUACCCGACCUUGCUGCUCACCCUGUGCCCCUGUGCCUUCUCGCCGCUGCCCUUCCGCCUCCUGAUUCAUGUGCGGGCUGGUGUGCUGAACAACUAGUGCAGAACGUGCUCGUCCUCUGCUCGACUGCACCGCCUGCACCGUCAGCCUGA